AUGAAUGCCUUUCCUGCUUUCUUGUUCGCUCUAUAUAACAUUUAUACGGUGAAUGGAUUUGGCGAUGCUCUGAGUUCACAGGAUCUCAAGUCGAAUGAUCCUGUAAUCAAAGCUCUCGUUGAAGAGCUAGUGUCAACUGCUCUGUCUAAACUACGGACAACCAUUAACAAACAAGCGAGGACAAUAUCUGAGCUUCAAUCAACAGUUAAUCGCCAAGAGACCAAACUUACCGAUCUCCAGUCAGCCGUCCGUUGUCAUGAAUCUAAAGAGUUUGAGUUGUUACAAAAGCUCAGUCGACAAGAAGCGAGGAUAGCUGUGCUUGAAACAAGCCGGGAACCACAGGAACUUACCAAUACGUCCGUCAAUUAUAAAGCAAACGACGGCAUCCACCGCAUUCGAAAUGCGCCGGAAGUUCCUGUAGCUUUCACUGCCGUAAAUAUGGUUCUCCAGGGAAACAUUGGCGUCAACCAGAACAUCUUAUUUGACAACGUCAUCUUAAACGAGGGCAAUGGCUACCAUCCUCUGCAUGGCAUCUUCAUUGCUCCAAUAAGUGGAUUAUAUUUGAUAACGGCUAGUCUCCUUCACGGUCCCUUGAAUCAGUACUUUCACGCUGCAAUUAUGCACCAGGGAAACGAAAUAGCGAGGCUCCAUGGUACCAUUAACACUUAUGACGCGUCCACCCAAACAGUGAUUCUAAUGGUCCACGCUGGUGAAGAAAUAUGGGUACGAUCUCUUGACUUUGCAAAUGAAAACGUCUUCGGAAGUAGAUAUUCUUCUUUCUCAGGUUACUUGCUCAUGCCAGUAGAAUAAAUUCAGUUUAGCUUGAUCUGUGACACCAAAAACCAUUAUAAU